GGCACUGCAACUGCUAUAUCUAUAGGCGUGUAGCUUACCAUCAGUCGCACUAACAAGUGUUCGUCCCGUCACAUUAAAAAAAAGGUACAAGUCCCUUUACCGAGCAGACGUUUCCCUAAGUUUGCUUUCUAUUUCGACUUGCAGCAAUUACUUGUAAUUUUUUUUCUAGUUGGUGGAGAAAUAUAUUUCUAAGAUGUCACCAAUCAGACCCAACGCCGUCCUGGCAACCGUCUUGGUGGACCAAAGUCUUUCCGUUUCCAAUAUUUCCGACAUAUAGACAAUCGGCACAACGACUAUGCAUCAUAUUGUUCUUUCUUCUCGCAUGGGGUAUCCUUUACGUGGAAUUAGGAGAAGUGGUCGGUCUAAAUGGAGAAAUCCUCAGUAUGACUUUACUAGUCAUUGCUGCGUACUUAUUGGGGUGGCUAUUUAACAAAAUAACCACACUUCCAGCGUUGAUAGCCAUGCUACUUACUGGAAUACUUUUCCAAAACUUAAAUCUCGUUCAUAUGACUGACGAUUAUAGAAAACUUAAUCAGGAUUUAAGGAAAAUAGCCCUAGUGAUAAUAUUAAUGCGAGCGGGGUUAGGACUAGACGAAAAAAUUCUGAAGAAGCAUUGGAACGCAGUUAUUCAGCUGGGUCUGCUACCAUGGCUCACUGAAGCCGUAGCUAUUACGGUCAUCUCCAGAUAUAUCUUAAAUCUACCUUGGAUCUGGGGAUUCCUUUUAGGUUCAAUGAUAGCAUCAGUAUCACCAGCUGUGGUCGUACCUUGUCUCUUUAAACUUCGAGAAGAAGGUUAUGGCGUUGCGAAAGGAAUACCCACGCUAUUACUAGCCUCGGCAGCCAUAGAUGAUUCAGUCAGUGUAGCUGUUUUCGCUAUUAUUCUUAAUGCCCUUUUUUCUACUGGUGGUUCUGCUACUUUUAACAUAACCAAGGGACCAUUAUCUAUAAUAGUUGGUGUAAUCCUAGGAGGACUAUGGGGUGCUAUGACGUCAGUUAUUCCAGAAAAAGGAGACCUGUAUGUAGUGCCAUUAAGGUUCUUAAUUCUCUUUCUGGGCGGUCUAUUUUCCUUGUUCCUUUCCAACAUGAUUGGUUGGAGUGGUGCUGGUCCUCUCGCCAUAGUGACAUCUGGGUUUAUAGCAGCGUCUUACUGGGAAAAGCAAGGAUGGCCCAUCAAUAAAAAUCCCGUCUGCAAUGUUUUUAGAAUCCUAUGGAUAUUCUUUGAGCCCAUUCUUUUUGCUUUCACUGGUGCCCAAAUUACCAUCAAAGACCUAGACCCCGAUGUAAUGUGGAAAGGAACCAUAGUUCUUGUGUCUUGUUUAUGUCUUCGACUGGUUGCUACUUUACUGGUCAGUGUUCGAUGUGGUCUAAACUUUAAGGAAAAGUUAUUUAUCGGUUUGGCUUGGUUGGCUAAGGCGACUGUUCAAGCAGCACUAGGUCCAGCAGCUUUGGAUUUAAUCAAAAACGGAGGCACAGCAGGCUAUCCUAAGGAAGAAGAGCUACAUUACGCUGAAGUAUUACUGGCUGUUAGUGUACUCAGUGUUGUUAUAUCAGCGCCUUUGGGAGCAAUUUUAAUAGCACUCUCUGGACCUAAAUUGUUAGCUCCAAGUAAAGAACAACCAUUCCAAGCGACAACUGAUAAUGUACGGGUUGAAAGUGGCAUACCGAUGCGUGAUGGAUCUACAAUUGAUGGGUUUUCAAAUAAUAAAACUCUAUAAUUUAAUACAUA